AUGUGGGUACGCUCCCUGAGCUGCCGCUGUCUGCGCAGGCCGUGCUUGCAGCUGCCGCAGAGGCUGACUCGGCGCUUCGCCAUGCGCCUGCCCAUGCCAGACUACAGGUUCGAGCGAGAGGUUCCCAAGGACUUAGAGCCCAUCCCGAUUGCCAUCGUCGGGCGGCCCAACGUAGGGAAGUCCACCCUCUUCAAUCAGCUGCAGUCAGGUACUCGCAAGCAGAAGAAGCGCAGUCCCGUGGACAAUCGCGCCAUAGUUAGCGACAGGGCAGGAACUACCAGGGAUCGCAAGGAUGCCCUUGCGGUGCUGGGUGGGCUCUUGCUCCGCGUCAUCGACACCGGAGGCUUGGAGUCGCCCCAGGUGACCAGCGAGAACUCGCUGCUGCAAGCCAUGCAAGAUCAAGUUUGGCGUGCAGUGGCAGAGGCACGCGCCAUCCUGUUCGUCAUUGAUGCGCAGGAAGGAAUUACCCCUAGCGACCUCCAGAUCGCACAGAUGCUCCGAGAUAGCAGAAACGCCGACAAGUACCGAGACCUGUUCAACCCCAACACGCCCAAAGACGUUCCGAUUAUCCUUAUCGCGAACAAGGCUGAAGGAGCUUUCAUCGGACCUUACCUCAAUGAUUGCUACGAUUUGGGAGUUGGAGACCCUGUCAUCAUGUCAGCGAUGCGGAACCAAGGCACCGAGGAGUUGCUGGACCGCCUCUACUUGGAAGUUGGCCAUCUGCAAGCGCGGGAGGAGGUACCUCAUCCAGGGACUGCCUUCAUGCCGGACGAGCGCCGCCGCGACAUCUUCAUUGAAGGGGAGGAGGCAGAAGAGGAGGAGCUGGAGGAAGACGAGGAAGAGGAAGAACUGGACGAGGACGAGGAGGAAGCCGCAGGUCCGACGCUGCCGUGGCUGUCCUUGAGCCACAUGACGGAGCAUCAGAGGAACUCCUUGAGGUUCCUGGCCCAUCACCCCGCAGACCCCUUGGGGGAUUUGGAUCCUGGCCUCAAAGCUGCUGUCAUGCACGUGGAUCCCGGCAAGUACUGGCUGCAGGCGCCGCAGCGAUCGCUUCCCACCAAAGAGGCACGCGACUUUGUCCUGAAGCACCGGCGGGCAGAGGAGAUGGACCAAGCCAUGAAGCUGGCGGUCAUCGGCCAGCCCAGCGCGGGGAAGUCCAGCAUCAUCAAUGCGUUGCUUCAAGAGGAGCGCUGCAUUGUCAACGAGCAAGAUGGCACCACCAUGGACUCAAUCAUCACCAACUGGACCUUCAAGGAGAACGCAGUGAAGCUGAUUGACACGUGUGGUAUUUCCAGAGGCUGGCGGUAUCCUGGCACAGAUCCAGAUUUCCUGGAGCCUGGCAUGGGCACCAAGAAGGCAAUCCGUCGCGCACACGUGUGCGUUCUUUGCCUGGAUGCCGCGAAGUACCAGCGGAUGACAAGCUACAGCUGCCCAACCAAGUUUGAGGUUCGGUUGGGGAACUACGUGGCAGAGGAAGGCAAGUGUCUCAUCAUCGCAGUGAAUAAGUGGGACCUGAUCCAUGAGGAGGAUCAGCCCAAGUGCCGAGAAGAUAUCUUGGAGAGGAUCACUGAGAAGUUCAACCAGAUCAGGGGCGUGCCGGUGGUUUUCAUGUCGGCCAAGUACAACUUGAACUUGCCAACGCUGAUGACGCGCAGCCUGGCCUUGUACAAGCGCUGGAGCGCGCGCUUGCCCACCAGCCGCCUCAACAGCUGGCUACAGGCGUGGAUGCUGCGAUGGCCUCCGCCCUGGCAGAAUGGGCAGAGGUGUAGCAUCAAGUACAUGACGCAAACACGCGCCAGGCCGCCAACCUUCGUUCUGUGGACCAACACUUCCUUCGGGGAGUUCCCUGUGAACUACACGCGGCAGUUGCGGAACGGCAUCCGGAAUGAGUUUCGCAUCAGUGGCGUGCCGAUUCACUUCCACGUCCGCUCCACCCUGAUGCCAAAGCCGCGCAAAAAGCUGACAAAGAAAGAAGUGCUGAAGUGGCAGCGUAUGGGCCCAAAGCAGCUCGCGGAUGCCCCGUUUCUGGGCACUGCCUCGUUCUUGGUGGAGGAGUUCCUCCGCAUCAAAGCCUGGGCCAACGAAUUUGACGCCUUCCUCGAGCUGGAGCGCGCGUACCACGUUCCCCGCGUCGCCGAGUUCCUUCGAAGCUCGUGUCCGCCCGACCCCUUUGAGGCGCUCGCGGCGGCGGAGCAAGUGCUGACAGAGCAGAAGGAGGAAGCGUUGGACACCGCCGCCCGCGUUCUGCAGAUGAGUGAAGCCUCCCUGCCGCCAGCACUGGCUUGGCUGCAUAGCCGGAUCUCUGCUUUGAGCGCAAGUCUCCGAGCUCAGCGAUGCCAACGGGACACCUUUGUGGAGGUGUCACGCACCCAACGGAAGAUCAUCGAGCUUCCCGGGAGUGUGUUCCUGCAGGGGCGCUCGGGCACUGGCAAGACAGUGUGCAUCAUCCAGCGCAUUCUGCAUCGCCGCCGUUUUGACCCAGAGUUGCGGAAGAGCUGCGCGGUUUUGCGGUCCUUCGGCCGUUUGGGGCCUUCACCUGGCUCGGUGGUCUGCAUGACCUGGGACGAGUUGGUGGCAGCCCUGCUCCCGAGCUCGAAGUCGGCCAUUCAGUACCCGACCUUCCUGGCGGAAUAUUGGCCUGCCCUGCGCCCCCCCUUGGAUUUGGAGGCCUUGCUGGUUUGGGCCGAGUUUCACAACAAGCUCCGCUCAUUCAAUGCAAAGCCUCCAGAUGCUUUGCGCGGCCGUGUGUCGCUGGAUGAUUACAGGGAGAAGCAGACCCUUGACCGAGCAGGGCUGUCGCUGACACAAGAGCAGUACUGUCAACAGACCACCGCGUCCAUGGGUGUUUGUUUGCGCAAGGACCAGAUGCGCGACAUCUAUCGCAUGUUCCUGGAAUAUUUGCGCCUCAAGUUGGGCAAGCGACGCUGGGACGCGACAGACGUUGCAGCCGAAAUGCGCAGCAUGUUGGAUCAUGCGUUGUUCAGCGAGCUGUACGUGGACGAAGCGCAGGAUUUCUCUCCAGCAGAAUUGACCGCUCUCAUGUCUCUUUGCCGACAUGAUGUGAUGAUUGCCGGCGACACCUGCCAAACGAUCAACCCGGGCAGUGCUUUUGGGUUUCAGGAGAUCAUGGAUGCUUUUCAGGAGCUGGAUCCAAAGCCGUUCCCGGAGGAGGACCAAACCACCGAGGAACGCAGCUGCUGUCAGAUGUCUCUGGGGUUCAACUACCGGUCUUCCCCGCAAAUCGUGAUGCUUGCCAACACUGUCUCAGAUCUCCUCAUCAAGCUUUUCCCUGCCUCUGUAGAUGCUGUCGAGGAAGAUGCGUCCGGCAGCUUGGGAAAGCCUUCAAUCCUUGUUCGCACGGACAAUGUGCUGGGGGUGAUCAUGGGCAGUGGCUCGCGGAUGCUUCGGACGCUGGACUCCACGCGGUGUGUGGUGCUGGUGCGGGAUAGUGACGCGCGAACGCGCCUCCGCGCGCUGGGGGUCAAAAGUACCAUCCUCACCAUCCAGGAGUCCAAAGGCCUCGAGUAUGACUUUGUGAUUUUGUACAACUUCUUCAGCGACUGCCCGGCGCCAAAUCCUCAGAAGCUCUGGCGCACAGUCGACUUGGGGCCGGAACUUGCCUCAACUGCAGCCACCUCAGAGGAUCUUCCAACAGUCACUCGAGGCAAGCGCGGGAAAUAUGACAGGGCCCUGCCCAACAUAGCUGCAGCCGCCAUGAUGAUCCCAGAGUUGAAGCACCUCUACGUGGGCAUCACCCGGGCACGCUUUGGCUGCGCAUUCGUGGAGAGUGGCCAAGUAUGGCAAGAAUUGGCGAACAACUGGUCCGCCGCGGGGCUAGUUACCCUUAUGAAGGACACCAACGAGUAUGCAGCCACCGGCACCCCGGAUGAAAUGCCCAAGAGGCCAGUGGCAGCUCCACAGUCCCAAGCGGCCCUUCCAGUGUUCACCUCUUCAGAGGAGGAGCUCGCAUGGAUUUGGUCGGAGCUUACGCUGCGGGUGGGCCCGCAGCAGAAGCAAGCCCGAAAGAUGCUGGGCCAGGAGCGUAUGCGACUGCAGGCAGGCCACGUCUUCGACGGAGCCUUUGCGGCCAAGCUGCAGGCGGCCCAUGGCCCGAACCUGUUCAAGCCGCCAGCGCAGAGAGAGCGCUCGGCAGCCUCGGAGGGCAAGCUGCCAGAUUUGGUGCCCAUUACCGAGCUGCUGCAGCGACGCUCCGACUACCACCAGGCGCCCUCCAGCCUAUCCUCAGCCGGCCGCCAGCUGCAGGCGCGCGGCGAGCGCCUGCUGCGGCACGCGCUCGAUGACCCGGAGCAACGCUGGCCCGUUUUCGAGGAGGCCCGCGCCAUCCUCACAGAGGCCCGACGCUGCGCUGGGCGGCUGCUGGAGGAACAGCUCCGGAACCGAGGCCGUUGCUCGCUGGAGACGCUGCCAAAACCCCGGCCUUCAGUCAGCGAGGGCGUGGCCUUGGAGUGCGGGCAAGAUGCUGGAGAUCCGGAAGUGGCGGCAACGGUGGUGCAGCUGACUGUGACCGUGCGUGUCAGCGCCGUGUGCCUUCAGGAUGACAUGUUCCACGACGUUGUGCGCAUCCAGGACACCUCCCACCACGAGGUGCUCACAGUAAAAGGGGUGCUGCUCUCGGGUCGCGAGCUGGACAGUGUUGAGCUUCCGGCUUCCGUCACCGUGGCCGAGUUGCAGCAAAGUUUCCAAAACCUCAUGCAGCGCCGCUGCCGGCUCCUCGUACAGACGCCAGAUGGGUUCCUCGACGUUUCGGCAAUGGACCCCACGCUGACCUUGCGAUCAGCCCUAGCCCGAUCUAUGGAGGAUUGGUGGUCUGAGGUGGGCUGGCAUCGGGCCGUUUGCGCGGUGCUGCAGCUCCAAAUGGACGCCAUCCCACUGAGCCGAGUCAAGCUCCCGAAGUUUUGGGAGCAGGUCUUCGUGUUGCUCUCCCCGCAGGAUGUUUCGGAGGCCCGGGCCUCCUUCCGCAUAACCGCGGAGCGGGUUUUGGAGUUCCUCCGCGCCGACCGCGCCCGGAAGUCCGCCGAGACCGAGGCCACGGCCUGGCUGCUCCGGUGCCGAGGCCUGUACUCCACGGAGGUCAUGAAGCGGCAGAGGGAAGCAGUGGCCAAAAUGGGCGAGCUCGACAAGCAACACGAGUGCGCGUGUUCCAAGAUCCUGGCGGAGAAGCGCCUGGUGACGCCGGCGCUGGCAGUGCGGGCGGCGCUUUACUCAGCCUACUGCUUGGAGCUACGGAGGGCCGCUUUGUCGCGCCUCGCGGCCGAGCAACGGAGCCGGAGCACGGAUUGGCACAAAGCAGGGGACCAUUUCAGGGAGCUGGGCGACAUUCCAAACGCAGCAGCGGAGUACGAGCGCGCCGCAGAGGCGUCCUACAAAUUCUUCCAUCGCUGGCGGGGCAUUGGUCAACGCUUGGGCGUCCACCUGGGCGCCAUCUUGUCACAGGCGCAACUCAGCACCACCUCGGCCGCACGUUGCCUGGUGGUUGGAGGUCGCUUGCGCGACGCGGAGCGGCUGUUUCUCCUGGCCGGCAAGGUUCGCGAGGCAGAUGCCUUGGCCGUUUGGUCCACUUCAGCAAGGGAUUUGCUGCGCCGGAGCCAGUGCCGCAGUGGACUGGUGGCAUACUGCGCUGCAAUCAUAUCCCAAUCCAUUGAAUGGUGAUACUUGGG